AUGCAUGAGACUUCAAGGUCGCUCGAUUCAUCCUUGCAAACUCCCACAGGGGAGCGUUCUGGCAGGGCGUCUGCACUGCGCAAGAAGCUAGAAGCUCAUCAGGAGCUGAUUUCCUACCAUGCGGACGAGAUCCAGAGGUCAAAGAAAGACCUGGAGGCCAUGGAGGAAGAGAUCGCCGCGCUCGAAGCGAGUCGAGCGAGGGAGCAGGAAACUCUCCGACUCCUCCAAGUCAAGCUGGACGAGGCCGAGAUGGAGCAGCUCAAGGCAGACAGGGAUUCAGACAGGGACAAACUUCGCCUCCUGCGAUCGAAAGAAAUCAUGGAGAUGAGGCGAAUGAAGAAGACCCAAGUGGAGAAGCUGCUCGCUCCUCUUCUGCUGACAGCGAGGGAGCUGCAGCGCAAGCUUGAGGUGGCGAAGAUGGAGAUUGACGAGAGGGAGGGAGAGAGUCUCAAGACUCGUCAGCAGCUGAUCUCGCUCUCCCAGCAAGACUUCCAGCUGCAGACUGAACACGAGCAUCUCCUGGAGCGAGACCUGGACUUGUCGAGGCAGAGGGAACUGGGGUACCAGGAGCUCAACAGCGCGAGAGAGGCCUACAAACAAGCAGUUGAUCUCAUCGUGGAACAAGCUUACUCCGAUCACUACUUCUCGCGCUCCUUCCAAGACGCGCAACCCUCCGUUGUGGACGGCACUGUGUUGGAGCAUGUGGGCAACUUGAGGCGGCAGGAGGCGUCGCUGUGGGGAUCGAGAGGCGUCGGGCGACCUCUGAUGGAGCUGAUAAUGCAGGAGCUGAUUCACCAGGUGGAGUGCUUGGAGGCUGAAGAAGUUGCAGCCAGACUUGACAAGGUGGCAGCAGAACACCGGAUGGUGCAUACCAAGUUCCUUGAUAGCAGCGUCGUCAACGAGCGCGCGCUGCGGUCGACUGAGGAGGGAAGACGUGCGGCUGCGAGGCUGAUGAAGGAGCAGGAGGCAGUCCAACUCAGAGUCGACAAGCUCUCUAGUGACUUGGAGGAGGCGAGCAGGAAGUUUGAUGAGGCAGCGGAGGAGGCGAAGGAGAUGGAAGGGCUGGCAAGAGCAAGCGCCCUCGCCGUCUCUCAGGCUGUCAAACAAUGUGGAGAAGCGAGACAGGCCUUGACGAGGCAAGAAGCCAAGGUCGCAGAGCUAGAGAGAGAGAUGGAGGCUCUCAGAAGGAAGACAGAGGAACUGCAGAACAACUUGAGGGAACAAACAAGGCUGAGGACCGAGAUCGAACUGUCUUGCAAAGAAAUCGUCGACAAGCUAAGUGACUUGGAGGUUGAUGUUCAGACCCAAGUAAGAGAACAUGACAUGGCAGCAUGUCCCUCCCCUCAGUCUCCUACCAAACAAGGUGGUCUGCAAGAGACAGAAGCAGAGACGAGAGAUAAAGGCAUCGCUGACGAAGGAGCUCGUGGAGUUCUCGAGCAGUCGACAGCGAGGGAUCAGCAGCAGCAGCAGCAGCAGCAGCAGCAGCAGCAGCAGCAGCAGCAGCAGCAGAGGGAGAGGUACAGCGUUCACAAACGUGCGCUCGUUCAUUGUCUCUUGGCGGACGAGAGGAGGCUAACGGGGGUCGGGCGCAAUGGGGGGCAUCUCUCCUCGCUCCGAGAUACCACUCUCUCCGACUACAUCCAUGGCUCCGUCGCCAUGCAAGCCGCUUCCCGCUCUCUGUCGGACGCAUCACAAAGGUUCCUCACUUUCGAUCGCCCCUCCAGUGCGUUCCAGGUCGCCAACUCAGGACGGACGCUGAUACACUCUCCCUGCUGUCCUCUCCUCUCCUCAUCCCCACUUGACUCUCCGCCCAAGAGAUCGACGGAGAGACACACGGCCUUGUGCUCGACGGCUUUCUCCGAGGGGAGGCACGUCUGCAAGGUCAAGAUAGAGCGCCUGCGGGGAAAGGGGCUCCUCCAUUUGGGGUGUAUGCGGCCGGCGGCGGCUCCUGGUCCUUCGGCGAGAGGGAGAGCUGGACUGGAGGUGGAGGAAGACGGCAACUCGUGGUGGCUGUCUUCUGACGGCUGCCUGAUGCGCGAUGGCUCCAUCCUCGGGUUCGUCGGGGCGGACAUGAAGGAGGGGGACGAGAUCUUGUGCUGUAUGGACUUCAGCUCAGACGUCCUGUCGUUCUGGAGAGCGCAUGAGCGGCUGGGGGGCGAGGUGAAGGGUCUUCGAGGCCCCUUGCACCUGGCUGUGUGCGUGGAGGGAGCAGGAAGCGACUGCGUCGUCACUUUGUCGGGACAUCAACUCCUUUGA